GCUCCGGUCCCCAGGCAACCGGGAUAACCGAGGUGGACCGGAGAGCGCCUGCGCGGACGGCGGUUGGGUGAAGUCAGGUGUGGAAAACUAGGUCUUGGGGAUUUUCCCCGAGCAGGAGCGGCCCCUGAGCGCCUCAGGCUUCGGUCCAGGCCCUGAAUGGCUGAUCUCCAGUUGGCUCCACAUCUGCCUGUGGGCGUUAUGUUCCCACAUAAUAAAACAGAAGCUCCAGGGCUCCACUCAGCUAAGCGUGACCCUUUUGAACAGAGUGACUCUUCCCAGCGGUCCUCGAUGGGACAUUUGAGGAACACUCUCCAGCAGAAGCCUUGGAGCAACACGGAGCCGGAGCAGAAAGACGAUGCCUCCGCUCACCCCAAAAGGAACAUCUGCACAAAACCCCGCAGGCACUCCUGUCCCCACAGUGUGAGAAUCAGCCAGCAGGGCACAGGAAGCAAUCCCCAGGGCCAAGGAAAGGGUUUGUUUUACUUGUCAAGCCCUCAACCCCGGUAUCCCAAAGCGAAUGACCAGGACUUCAUUCCCUUCAGGAAGAAACGAGUUGGGGUGGAUCGGGCAUACCCACUGAAACCCAUGGUCCACCGGAAGUCACAUAGCACAGGUGAGGCAGACAGCGAUGGCGACCAGAAUGGCUACCCAAGACUCCCUGACUCCAGCGAGUUUUCAGACAGCAACUUUGGUUUGAGGAGCUGGGUGAAUUCGUCUGUGUUUGCGUCCGUGCAGGCAGAGAAGGUCAUGGCAGACCUCCACAGGACCGAGUGGUCGCAGAUCCAAAGACUGGAAGCGGCCGGGGAGAGUUUACAGAAGGAAAUCCGAAGAAAGGAGCUCCUCCUAAGGGAAAAGCUGAAGAAGACAGAGGAGGGUCUUCGAAGGAUCCAGAAGGAAAAGAAGGAGGCCAGGGAAAAUGAAGACAGGCAGCUACAAAGAAUGAUCCCACCUGCCGGGAGAGUUAGAGUUAGUAACAGGAACACCACACACGACCCCAGUUUAUCCCCGGAGCUCAGGUCUGAGGUGUUCAGAGGAAACGGGAGAGAGGACCAGACUUAUGAACAGGCCCAGGAAAACUCCAGUCCACUCCAGUUCUCUGAUUACGAAAUCCAGAAGCUCAAAAGGGAAAGGCUGAUGGCGAGCAACAACAAAAUUCCACAGCAAGACUCAGCAGACAAGUUCUCCCCACCUUCAGAGGAGCUGGGCAGUGAACCGCAGGCGUCAAGCCCGUCCGGAACGCCAGGCUCCUCAGCGCCAGGCUCCUCAGGGUCCACCUCCUCCACGGAGGAGCCAGAGCUGAGCAAGUGCGGCCACUGCGGACGAAUGUUUCUUUCACUCAGGCUGCAGAGACACUCCGCGGUCUGUGGCAGAAUGCAAGGGUCCAAGAGGAAAGUGUUUGACUCCUCCAGGGCCCGGGCUAAGGGCACAGAACUAGAGCAGUACUUGAACUGGAAGGGGCCAGCCACAGCCAAGGCUGAACCUCCUCGGAAGAGCACCUGGAGACAGAAGCACGAGUCUUUCAUCCGGACCCUGCGCCAUGCUCGACAGGUCCAACAGGUAAUCGCCAGAGGUGGAAAUCCCUCAGACUUGCCUCCCAUCCUGCCUGCAGAAAACCCAGACUAUGUCCAGUGUCCUUACUGCAGCCGCCACUUUGCUCCCAAGGUGGCAGAACGACACAUACCUAAGUGUAAGACCAUCAAGAAUCGUCCUCCACCUCCACGGAGGCAUGACAGCUGAGCGGACAAUGGCCAAAUCUGUGUUUCCCUUCAGCAGUAAACCAGAGAACAGGCGGUGUAAGGCAGGGAGAAAACAACUUUCCCAGAACUCGGUAUCUUGCAGAGCCAAACAGCCCAUGAAGGAGAGCCACUGCUACAUGGCAGGAGACAGAUGAAAGGCCCAGCUUCUCACUGACUCAGAACCUUAGCUGCAUGUUUAUGUUCUUGCCUGAAGAAGUGGUAGCUGAGGACCCUGGGCCAUGAGGCUGCAUUAAAGCUCUCUUUUCCUGA